UCUCUAUCCUAGAAACCUUCACCCCCCCAAUAAUUUACGAACCCAUUCCUAACCAACGACUGGGAUCCCUGUGGAAUAGAGCCGGUCCACUGGCCACUGAACUUUAGACAACACGAGCACGAAACAAGGGUUUUCAAGUUGCAUGUUUUGAUAGAGGAAAAACAACCAUGGGUCCACCGCAUUUUAACAUGAAACUCGACAAAGACAACCCUGAAGCAGGGAUAAAAGAGAUAAUGAAGAAACUAAGGCCCGAUCUUGACCCUAAUGAGCUUGAAUUGGUKGAGUUUAAUGAAGGAAUCAGUAACAAGUUGGUCGGGUGUAGAAAGRCAGGAACACCUCGUAAAGACAUCAUCUUAUUUCGACUCUAUGGAAAUAAGACUGAGCUUUUUAUAGACCGUAAAAGGGAGCUAGAAACAUUCAAGAUUCUCCAUUCUCGAGGUUAUGGGGCCCCGGUUUAUGCAACGUUUGAUAACGGCAUUAGUUAUGGGUUUAUUGAAGGUGAAGUUCUUGAUACGGUCACCAUUGCUGAUGAUCAUAUUUCGACUCUGAUUGCCAAACACAUGGCCGAGCUACAUGCUAUUCCUCCUAAAGGAAGAGGUAAACCAACUUCCAGUCUGUUUAAAACUAUUUAUAAGUUCUUGAACUUGGUUCCUGCUGAUUUUCCUGAUCAAACCAAGAAUCAAAGAUUUCAAAAGGAAUGUCUCAGCAAGGCUAAGCUAAUAGAAGAGGCAGCAAGACUUCAAGGAGUACUAGAGAAGCAUGAUUGUCCUGUAGUGUUCUGCCACAAUGAUAUGUUGUGCAAAAACAUAGUAUUUAACAAAGAAGAGGAUAAGGUGUAUACRAUAGACUAUGAGUAUGCUAAUUUCAAUCCACUGGCCCAUGACAUUGGCAACCACUUUUGUGAAUAUGCAGGUGUAGAGGAAGUUGAUUAUUCUCUUUAUCCAAAGAAAGAUCACCAACUUAAGUGGCUCAGAACGUAUUUAACAAGGUCUGCCGAGUUGAAAGGAGAGUCAAAUCCAAAAAUAACAGAUAAAGAGGUUGRGAAAUUGUAUGUCCAAGCCAACCAGUUUGCAUUGGCUGCUCACUUUUUCUGGGGAAUUUGGGCAUUGUUGCAAGCUCAUUUCUCUGAAAUUGAUUUUGACUUUCUAGG